GGAAAUUUGAUGGAGAAUAAGUAAGAUGUUUCUCUGAAAACGUUUAGUGACUGUCCAUCUAGGAUAAGGCGCGCAAAGUGCAUUGUGUGUGUCGAGUUGGAAUGAACCAGCUUUAGAAACGACUUUGACUUGAAAUAUUCGUUAAAACCAACUUCUUCCCCUUUUCUUGUUUCUUCCUUUUUUAAAAAGGAACUUAAGUUUCGAUUUGGCAAUUACUUGGUAGGGGCUCAGUCAUCAAAUCAGAACCAUUUGUUUUAAACAGCGGGAGAAAAUGAGACUUCGCAAUUUAUGUAGAGGAUAGACUGGUUCCUGUAUUUUCCACUUCGGUUUUAGUCAACUGAAACAAAUCUGAACAACAGAAUUCUUCUUUUCAACAUUUAACAAACUUGCCCAACUAUGGGCUUCUCGCGGACUUGUUUAUCCUGAAGGUCUGACUGAGUUCGAGAGAUGAACUGGGGACAACUGCACCUGAUCCUGGGAGGCGUCAACAGACACUCCACUAGCAUCGGGAAAAUCUGGCUGUCUGUGAUCUUCGUUUUCAGAAUCAUGAUUCUGGUGGUAGCGGCCGAGAGUGUCUGGGGAGACGAGCAGUCCGAUUUUGUCUGCAAUACUCUGCAGCCCGGCUGCAAGAACGUGUGCUAUGAUCAGUUUUUCCCUAUGUCUCACAUCCGACUCUGGUGUCUGCAAGUGAUCUUUAUCUCCACCCCUGCCCUCCUGGUGUCGCUGCACGUUGCCUAUAAACAGCACGAAGAGAAGAAAUGCAUGGAGAAACGGCAGGGCUUCCUGAAGCAGGAGGAAGUGGAUGCCCUGAGGAAGCAGAAAAUGCGGAUUGUUGGUGCUUUCUGGUGGACCUAUGUCACCAGCAUCAUCUUUCGCAUCCUGUUCGAGACGGUUUUCACUUACAUGCUGUACUUCCUCUACGGUGGCUUUCAGAUGGCCCGGCUGGUGAAGUGUAGCGCCUCCCCCUGUCCCAAUACCGUGGACUGCUUCAUUUCUAGACCCACCGAGAAGACUGUGUUCAUCAUCUUCAUGACGGUGGUGUCCGGGGUCUGCGGCCUCCUGAAUGUGGCCGAGCUGUUCUAUUUGUUGGUGAAAGCUUGUGUGAGGCAGUCCCGCCGCACGCACCACCCCCACCACGUCUCCAGGAGCAGAGAGCACCAACAAAACGAAAUGAACGAACUCCUGUCCGUUGACGCCAAACACAAGAUGGCCAUGGAGCUGAACAAAACAUCCUGAGUGGGCAGCUCUGUUUUUGCACCGUGACUUCUCAAACAUUGUAUCGUGGUAAACUGUGACCGAUGUUUUCCAGUUGAACGUUUUCCCCUUUCUAUCAAUUUUCAGCCGACACUUUUUUUAAAAGAGCAGGAAGUUUAGCCCAAACGCACAAUUUGCACUAAUUAGCCACACUUCGUGAUUGUUGCGCUCCCGAAGCUGUCAGCUAUUAAUUCACCCUAAGUAGUGAACAGUGAAACCAGCUGCAGUUCAAUUGGAUUCUUCCCCCCCCCCCCCUCAGUGGCUAUCACUGCCAGUGGAUUAACUCUACCAAAUGCACCUCCACAACUGUUACAGUAGUUAACUGUUGCCACUUAGCGUUGUGUCCGUGAAGUGUUUAAUAUUGUAUCAAACGCGCUGCCCAGUGUCAAUAUUUGUUACGAAGAAUUUUUUGCCUGUGAGCACCGGGUGGCGCGCGCUGCUACGAAUUCGCAGCUUUCUGUACUUUUUUAAAGCAAUAAAAUCGUUUAAUAGUA